AUGGCGCUUUCCGAAGCAACCAAAGAAGCAGUAUGGCUCAAAGUGCUUUUGGGGGAACUUGGUGAGAUGACAAGCGACGAAGCGAUCAAGAUGUAUGAAGACAACCAAGGAUCAAUCGCUCUCGCCAAGAACCCGGAGUUCCAUAAGAGAACAAAACACAUCGACAUACGCUACCAUUUUGUGCGUGAGAAGGUGGAAUCAGGUGAAGUCGUUUUGGAGUAUUGCCCGACUCAAGAUAUGCUGGCAGACAUGAUGACCAAGCCGAUCGCCGCUGUACAAUUUGAAAACAUUCGCGAUCGACUUGGGAUCCAAGGUGCCGCAGCUAACGAGUCGAGAGGGAGUGUUGAAAAGACAGCGGCUGUAAAGAAGACACCUCGUCAAGCUGCGUCAAGUGUGAUGAACUUUAGACUUCUUGGUCCGAGUGCAAAACGCAAAGUGAAUAUAUAUUUAUAA